AUGAUUUCCAAAACUAUUCUCCUUUUUCUCAUCCCAAUUACCUCUUUUGCGAUGUCACCGGAAGAUUGCAAAGAAUUAUUCAGAAAUGAAAUGUUGUCUCCGCAUUGGAGAAUGAAACCAGAAAUGAAUUUCGAAUUACCGGAAGAUCAUCCAUGUAAUUUUGAAUCGAUUAAUAGUAGCAGACGGAAAGAACAAAUAAAGCAAGAAGAGAAAGAAGAAAAAGACGAUGAAUUGAAUGAAACUGGAGAUAUCGAACCAGUUCAAGUUGAUAUUCGUGAAGGAUUUGUGACUAAUGCAUUUGCAAUCAAGAUCGCAAAAUUGUAAGUUUUAAAGGGAAGCGGUCAGAGUUUUUGUCAAGCUAAUUGUCAAGCUUGUCUUAGAAUAUGAGAAAAAACUUGGGGCCCGUUUUUUCUACCCUAAUUUUCUAAAGGUGGCGUUUCAAUUCAAAAGUUCAUCUCCGGGUUAAAAAAAGCCAUUGACAAAUUUUGAAAAUUGGAAUUUGGAAAUAAUUGUGAGUAAAAUUCAAUUUUCCCGACUUCCGGGAAGUCAUGAUAAAUUUUUAAUUUUCAUAAAAAUCGGAAUUGACAGAGAAACACAGCUCCAAAUUACUGUACAUAUGGAUUUUCAAGCCAUUUUACACGGUGUUUCACUGUUUUUUUUUCGAAUUUUGACAAUUUUCAACCAAUGUUUCGGAAGCUACAAAAAACCACAAAAAUGGAUAAUUCAAAAAAGUUAUUAUGAAUUUCUUGUUUUUUUUUCAGAUUUUAUGCACAAUCAACUGACCAAUAUUCAAAAUCUCAAAAAAGUAUCGAAGAACUAUCGCAAUAUUUCAAUGAAUCUGUCAGAUUCGCUGCCAAUCUUUGUCAUGCAAAUCGUGUCAAUCUUAGUGGGUUUGAAAAAAAAACUGUGUUUAACAAAAAAAAAAAAAAUACCGAAAUUCGUAUUUUCCAGCAACUUUCCUCUAUUUCCUCAAAUUACAACGACGAAGACAUGAAAAGAUGUUGAAAAAAGAAGAGGUAAGUUCCCCUACUGAAUUGUUAGCCAUUGUUUUUUUAAAAUAGAACUUGGUCAUCCAAAAUUAUGGUGAAAACUUUAUCAUUCAAUUCUACUAUCAAGUCAAAAGCAAAAUGAAUUUCUUGACCGAAGUUUUGUAUAGAAUUCAUUUUAUUCCAAAUGGAAACUCAUACUUGAUCACUAAAAUUAUUUUGGACGGAGGAUGCGAAGGAUCAAAACUUCAUGAAGAGUAUGAGCAAUCCGAUUGGAAGUCAACCCGGAAGUUCGAGAAAGUUGAAAAUCCAGAAAUGUUUGCUUCUAAUUUUAAAUUCAUGUGAGUUUUUUUCAACAAAAAAUUCAAAAAUUUCAGAAAAAGACGAAUUUUUUAUAGAUUGCCAUUCAAUGAGUAUACUCAUAUUAGAUCAAGUCUUCAAGAUGUAUUCACAAAAGAUUUUGAAGCAAUUGUGGAUACAAAUUCAAACUUCACAUAUAAUAUGAGUAAGCUUGAAUAUAUGUAUUUCUCAACAUUUUCAAAUUCUUUACAGACGAAUUUUUGGAUUAUAUGACACGAUUCAAUCAAAGAUAUGCAAUCUAUCGCGAUGUAAGUUCUCACAACUUGUUUUUUUAGUAGAAUUGUAUUUUCAGAAAUCGAGAACCGUUGUUAUGAACAAAAUUGAAAACCAUCUUGUUUUCCGCACUGAUGCCGUUUUCCAUCUCGACAAAACGAAUAAUGAAACUUGGCAAUUCCAAGUUGAGGCUAUUUAUGUGAGUUUUGCAUUCAAACUUGAAAAUAGUAGCUUGUUGGGAACUUGCAUUUUAGAAAAGAAGGAAAUUUGAAACAAAAUAAUUUAAUAUCUUAAUAUUCUAACCCCAGUAAUGGGACCUGGAGCCGAAUUCAUUAAAUUGGUAUACCAAGAAUUAGACAAAUUUGUGCGUACCAAAACAAAAUUCGAAGGACCCCCUUCCUAUUUUUUUAAAACAUAAACGGAAUUAUUGAACAGAACAUCGACGGAAAGAAAGGCUGGAAAUUGAACAAACUGUUCAUGAGACCACCAUUGGCGGUUUAUGCAAAUGAAAAUCAAAUAACAAGACAAAGAGCCGCUGAUUAUUUGAUUGAUGACGUAUACGGAGAGUCAGUGAAACUUGACGAAAUUUCCAAACAUUUAUUUUUCAGAAUUAAGCGAGUUCUUAAACCUGGACAAACUUCUCAAUUUAAUGCCAAUUUGUUGAAACAUUUGAAAAUGGAAAAAGUUAGCGUUUGUAAUGACUUCAAAGGACAAGAACGUGAGUUCUCAAACAAAUUAUUAUUGAUGAAUCCAAUUUUAAUUUUUUUACAGAAGGAGUUAGUAUGAAUUUUCAUUUGAAAGAUUAUGAGGUAAACGAAAAAUAUAAGUUUCUAAUAAAAAACAAACUGAUUAUUUUCAGCCUGUAAUCUUACUUCAAUCUAUUGAAUAUGGGGAGAACAUCAAUUUCAAGUUUGUGAUUCAGUAUACAACAUUCGCAGGCUUACAAUAUCACGAAAUUGCUGUAGUUUUCAAAGCUAGUUACGUAAGUUGAGCUAUUUUCAUGGUUUCACUUCGUACACCAAGAAGUUUUGUUUAAUUUUAGUAUCCAAAAAAUGAUAUAUACGAGGUUGAUGAGUUGCACGUGCUUUGUGAUGUUAAACAAAACGCAUUUAGUCGUGCUGGAUCAUCAUUAGGCAGCUUUUUCUCGAAUGCUGGUAAAACUAUGACCAAUGCUGGUAAAAACGCUAUCCAUACAUUUGUUGAUGUUUUACCAUUUGGCUCAUCGAACGGAGCAGAUUUAGAUGAUCCAGUUGAUCCUAAUGAUUUUAUCGCACAAUAA